AUGUCCAUUCUACCCUUGGGUUCAUUUACGUGGGCUUCACGGUCACAAUUUGGGUCCAGGAUGUCACAUGGAGACUUGAAUCAUCUCAUCUCUGCAACCAUGAGUGGUGUCACUUGCUGCCUCCGUUUUCCGGGUCAGCUCAACUCCGACCUGCGAAAGCUUGCGGUCAACUUGAUUCCGUUCCCUCGUCUACACUUCUUCAUGGUCGGAUUCGCACCCUUAACAUCUCGUGGUUCCCAGCAAUACAGAGACUUGACCGUUCCCGAGCUCACUCAACAGAUGUGGGAUUCCAAAAACAUGAUGUGUGCAGCUGAUCCGUGCCAUGGCAGAUACUUAACCGCAUCAGCAAUGUUCAGAGGCAAAAUGAGCACGAAAGAAGUCGACGAACAGAUGAUCAACAUUCAGAACAAGAACUCAUCGUACUUUGUGGAAUGGAUCCCCAACAAUGUGAAGUCAACUGUCUGCGACAUCCCACCUACAGGUCUGAAAAUGGCACCCACUUUCAUAGGAAACUCGACUUCGAUCCAGGAGAUGUUCAGGCGAGUGAGCGAGCAGUUCACAGCUAUGUUCAGAAGAAAGGCUUUCUUGCAUUGGUACACUGGUGAAGGAAUGGACGAGAUGGAGUUCACAGAAGCAGAAAGUAACAUGAACGACCUGGUCUCGGAGUAUCAGCAGUAUCAAGACGCGACAACGGAGGAGGAACAAGGGUAUGAUUACGAAGACGAAGAAGAAGAAAAUAUCCAAGAGGAGCAAUAA